AUGACAUACCUGAUGAGGAAGAAGUGUUUGUAUGAUGGGAUGGAGGUGAUGCGGUUUGAGACGUUAGCAAAACGGUUGAUGUCGUUUCGAUUGAUUCGCCUAUCAAGGGUGUUGAACUACGUUCUCAGUGGCUGGCCUAAGGAAUUGGAUGGGCCAGCUUUGUUACCCUACUGGUAUCGACGUCGUGAACUGACCGUGUUGGACGGCUGCGUGCUGUGGGGUGCACGAUUGGUGGUGCCACCUCAGGCGAGGAAGCGGGUAUUGGAAGAGGUACACAAAACACAUCCAGCCCAAGUUGGACCGACGUUGGAACAGGUUGCUCAGUCGUGCGACAGGUGUCAGGCUCACAGGAUGACAGCACCAUUACAUCCGUGGGUGAACCCAGGGCGCCCACGGGCUCGACUACAUCUUGAUUUUGCCGGUCCUUUUAUGGGAAAAUGGUUUCUAAUCCUCGUAGAUGCCUUCUCUAAAUCGCUAGAAGUACACCCAAUGCAUGCCGCAACAACAAGGGCGACCGUUAAAAUCCUGCAAAACAUGUUCGCGACACAUGGAAUUCCACAUGUGAUGGUCACCGAUAAUGGGUGUGUCUUUACCAGCGUGGAAUUUGGUGACUUUAUGAGAGGCAAUAGAAUCACACAUGUGACAUCUGCCCCUUACCACCCGGCUACUUAUGGGCUAGCGGAGAGAGCAGUCCAGACAUUUAAGGGAGCCAUGAAAAAGAUGGAGACGGAGUAUAGCUCUCUAGAGAGUAAGGUAGAUCGGUUCCUGUUUCGGUAUCGCCUGACACCGCAUGCCACAACAGGGGAACCACCCGCCGUUUUGUUCAUGGGGAGGAGACCUCGCAGUCGGCUAGACCUCAUGCAUCCCGACUUAGCCCAGAAGAUUCUGCUUAAACUACAACGACAGAAGCAGGACCAUGACAAGACUUGCAGGGAGAGGACCUUCAAAGUAGGACAACAUGUCUUUGUGAGGAAUUUCAGUAAGAGAUGUAAGUGGCUUCCAGGGACAAUACUGGAGCGGACCGGACCAGUCUCUUUCUGCUGUGAGUUGACAGAUGGAACGGUAGUCCGGCGACACCAGGACCAGAUGCGCAACAGAAUAACAACAGGCAAAGUUGGAGAAUUGGCACCAGCACCUGGCGCAGAUGAAGAGGUGUUAGACGAUUUAGAGGAUGGUACCGUGACGGGAAGGGCCAGUAUCAGUAACGUACAGAAUCCUGCAGAUGCUUCCGUUGGGCAAACAGCGGAGCCUGAAGAAAAACAUCCGCGUAGCGAGGAACAACCUACAUCGUCAGAGAUGAUAGCACCAACAAUGGAACCGGUUAUACGAAGAUCAUCACGUACAUCUAAGCCACCAGACCGAUUGAACUUUUAG